CAGUGGGCGGAGCUUUGUAGUUUAUUAACUCAGAGUGUAGUCGUUUGUGCCGCAGUGUCGUGGCUUGCUUGGGAAUGACAGAGGUGUGUAAAGAGGAGAGGGGUGCAGCGGAGAGCUGGAGGCUGUGCUCCGGCGCGGUGAGCGUGGAGAUACUUUCCCUGGGCUGCGUGGUCCAGUCCAUCAGGACCCCCGACCGACGCGGGCAGAGCGCGGAUGUAGUGCUAGGAUACGACGAAGCCGAAGGCUAUCUCUCAAACCCUCGCUACUUUGGAGCUGUGAUAGGCCGGGUUGCAAACCGCAUUGCCAAGGGCCGAUUUGUGCUAGACCAGAAGGAAUAUAAACUGGCUAUAAACAAUGGACCCAAUGCUCUGCAUGGAGGACUAAAGGGCUUUGACAAGGCCGUGUGGAGCGCAGAGGCGGUGGAUAACGGAGUGAAGCUGAGUCACAGCAGUCCAGAUGGAGAUGAGGGAUAUCCCGGGAGCCUAAAGGCCUCCGUCACCUACAGGCUGGAGAAGAACACACUGAGUGUGCUGUACCACGCACAGACGGACCGGACUACACCCGUCAACCUCACCAACCAUUCAUACUUCAACCUGGCUGGACAGGGGACGGCAGACAUCUACGACCAUGAGGUGACCAUCUUAGCAGACUCGUACUUGCCUGUGGAUGAUACGAUGAUCCCCACAGGGGAGGUGAAACCUGUGGAGAAGACCCCGUUUGACCUGAGAAAGCCUGUCCUUCUGGGCUCCAGACUGAAAGAGCUGCCCGGUCCAGGUUUUGAUCACAACUUCUGUCUGUGUUCACCAGGCGAUCCGCCACUUGAGCGGAAAUGUGCUCGAGUGGUGCAUCCUGGGACGGGUCGUGUCCUGGAGGUCAGCACUACACAGCCCGGGGUUCAGUUCUACACGUCCAACUUCCUGGAUGGGACGCUGAAAGGAAAGGGUGGAGCCGCUUACUCAAAACACAGUGCCUUCUGCGUAGAGACCCAAAACUGGCCAGACGCCGUUAACCAGCCUCAUUUUCCUGAUGCUCUGCUGAAGCCAGGAGAGACGUACACGCACGCAACACACUUCACAUUCUCAGUGCUCUGAAAUUACAUCAGCAUGUGAAGUUUACUUUUACAACUGAACAUCUUUUCUACAGAACCAAUACAAUGUACUGCUUUUAAGACCA